GUGUCGCUUGUUUUCUCUAGCUAAGGACAUUCCUACCGGCGCUCAUCAAGCCUCGUCUGAUCCUGCUCAUUCUGGCGAUAUAAACGGGACGUUCUGAACAUUCAGGAGCUGCGUUUGGAUUUGAAUUUUUUUUUAAUUAACAUGGAUCCCACCGCUUUGUACGGGGACAUAUCCUAUGACGACUAUGACGGCAACAACAGCGACUGUGAUUACACUGAGUGGGAGCCCUCCUAUUCGCUCAUCCCUGUGCUCUACAUGCUCAUCUUCAUCCUGGGGCUCUCUGGCAACGGCGUGGUCAUUGUCACUGUCUGGAAGUCCAAGUUCAAGCGCCGGGCAGCCGACGUCUACAUCGGCAACCUGGCCCUGGCCGACCUCACUUUUGUGGUCACGCUGCCACUGUGGGCGGUCUACACAGGCCUGGGCUAUCACUGGCCUUUUGGUGUGGCUCUCUGCAAGGUCAGCAGCUACGUUGUUCUGGUAAACAUGUACGCCAGCAUCUUCUGCCUGACGUGCCUCAGUUUUGACCGCUACCUGGCCAUCGUGCACUCGCUGUCCAGUGGCCGCCUACGCUCCCGCGCCACCAUGCUGGCCUCCCUGGGCGGCAUCUGGCUGCUGUCGGGCAUCCUGGCGGUGCCCACGCUGCUGUUCCGCACCACUGUGGAGGAGAGCGAGUCCAACCGCACCAUCUGUGCCAUGGACUUCAGCCUGGUGACGCUGAACCGGCUGCACGACCCCAUGUGGAUUGCCGGGCUGAGCCUGUCGUCGUCGGCGCUGGGCUUCCUGUUGCCCUUCCUGGCGAUGACUGUCUUUUACUGCUUCAUCGGCUUCACUGUCACACGGCACUUCAACAACUUGCGCAAAGAGGACCAGAAGAAGCGGCGCCUGCUCAAGAUCAUCACCACCCUGGUGGUGGUGUUUGCCAUCUGCUGGACACCCUUCCACGUGCUGAAGAGCCUGGAUGCACUGUCCUACCUGAACCUGGCGCCCAGUGGCUGUGCCUUCCUGCGCUUCCUGCUGCUGGCGCACCCCUACGCCACCUGCCUGGCCUACGUCAACAGCUGCCUUAAUCCCUUCCUGUACGCCUUCUUCGACCUGCGCUUCCGCUCACAGUGCCUGUGUCUGCUGAGCCUGAAGAAGGCUGUGCACGGCCACAUGAGCUCCAUCUCCUCCACCCUCAGCGCCCAGACGCAGAAGUCCGAGGUGCAGUCUCUGGCUACCAAGGUGUGACGGCCGCGGAAUGCGGCCAUGGGGCGCCUGCGUUCCCCACCACGCAUUCCGGCUCGGUUGCGGACUCGAGCUGAUGGACACCCUGCUGUGAAAAAAGUGUCUUAAUUUGUUACUGGAGACAAAGAAAAAGUUGCUGUCGUCACAGUAAACUGAGCCGGAGGUGGCGCCGACCGGUCAAGCAACACGUCUCUUUUUAAAAAAGCCUGCUACAGCCUCCCCUGGGGGAUGGACUCAGAAAGCUUAGCGUGAAGGGGGGUCACCCCUGCCCCCCCAGCCCCACCAGCAACGGGUGCCAGCUGGCUGAGCCCCUGCAGCUGCUGGUUUCCUCAUGCACCUUCGGAGGUGAGCGGUCAUUUCAACAGGACUGCGGGACUCCCCCUCCCGGUGUGGUGGGGGGGGGUCCACACGAGGGUGGGGGCGAUAUUCUGAUUACACUGGAAAAGAAAAAUUAAAAAUGUACAGUAUUUUCAUACUUUCUCUUGGCUUUUUUUGUUCUUUUUAAGCACUUGUCUAAAGUUGCAUAGAGUUGGGUAGUUUUUGUGUGGGGGGGUUGACUGUUUACCUGCUCUGGCUCAAUGGUGUCGACCGAGGGGUGUUUGGCUGCAGGGGGGGUGAGUCAAGGAAGGUGCUACAGAUUAAUUAAAUAGU